AUGACACUCCGUCCGGUACAAGGCACCCUGCCGUUAACAGACGAGUGCCGGCACUACGACGACCUCGCCGACGUCCCGCCGCAACUGCAAAAAUACUGGCACCAACGCUACUCCCUCUUCAAUUUCUACGACUACGACAUCCGCUUCACCGACGACGCCUGGUUCGGCGUGACCCCCGAGCCGGUCGCUACCCAAGUAGCAAAACACAUCACCACCGCCUUCUCCCCCCACAACCCCUCCCAGAAACCCACUCCCAACCCCCAGGAGUCUCGUCCAAAACCCACAACGAUAAUCGACCUCUUCGCCGGCGUCGGCGGCAACACAAUCGCCUUUGCCCUCUCCGAGCACUGGACGCACAUCAUCGCCAUCGAACGCGACCCUUCCACCCUCGCCUGUGCCCAGCACAACGCAGCCGUGUAUGGCGUACCAGAGGGCGUGAUUACCUGGGUGUUGGGGGAUAGCUUGGAUUUUUUGGGGAGGCUUAAAUCUACCUUCCCUUCCCCAACGGCCGGCCAAGGGGGUGAGGGUCAGGGUGAGGGGGGUGAGGAAGGGGGCCUGGAUGAGAGGUUGAUAGUAGACCCAGCAACAACAGUGUUGUUUGCCUCACCGCCGUGGGGAGGGGUGGAGUACCGCGGGCAGGAGGUGUUUGAUUUGGAGACGAUGGAGCCGUAUGGGUUGGGGGUGUUGUAUGAGGCGUGUCGGCCGAUGGCGUGUGCGUUGUAUUUGCCGAGGACUAGUGAUUUACGGCAGGUCGCUGGGUUGGUGAAGGCUCCUGAGGAGGGGAAAGGGGAUGGAGACGGGAAGAUAGAGGUAGUGCAGUACUGCAUGGAGGGCGCGAGCAAGGCGAUGGUGGUGUAUCUACCCGCUGAAUCAUAA